UACUCUGCACACUCCCUUCCUAAAAAGUGAGGCUAUGUUUUGCCCGAUGUUUAAAAUAUUUUAAUAAGAAUUACUUUAAAGUAUGAAAAAAUAAAUUUAGACACCUUGGUUCAGUGAAAAACUAUAAUGUUCACUUUAGUUUUACGUCUCACCUGUUCAGCUGGUACUAACGCACCGAGAAUAUCCCGCACUCUAUAUCAAAAAUGCAUAAAUACCUCAGCCCCUUUCCGAAGUCACAGCCAAAACACAGCAGACAAACUAAGACAAGCCCGGAAGAAGGAUAUUAGAAGCACAUUAUAUUAUGUGACGGCUGCAGGAAUUGUAACGGUGGGCAUGAGUUAUGCUGCGGUACCUUUGUAUAGGAUGUUCUGCCAAGCAUACAGCUAUGGAGGGACUACACAACAAGGGCAUGAUAGUGAUAAGGUAGAAAGCAUGCAGGUGGACACUAGCAGACCGAUUAAAGUGAAAUUUAAUGCUGACCGAUCUGCUAAUAUGAGGUGGAAUUUUAAGCCACAGCAAAAUGAUAUCACAGUUUAUCCAGGGGAGACUGCCCUAGCAUUUUACACUGCUGUAAAUCCUACAGAUAAGCCAGUUAUAGGCAUAAGUACUUACAAUGUCAUCCCAUUUGAAGCCGGAAAAUAUUUCAAUAAGAUCCAGUGCUUUUGCUUUGAAGAACAAAUGCUCAAUCCACAUGAACAAGUCGACAUGCCAGUAUUUUUCUAUAUUGAUCCAGAGUUUAAUGAGGAUCCAUAUUUGGAAGAUGUUGGUGAGAUCACUCUAUCAUAUACAUUCUUUGAAGCUAAAGAAGGUUUCAAAAUUCCGAUUCCACAGUUUGCAAAAAGGUAGUAGUUAAAUUUAUUGAACUUUGUUAUAAAUAUUUUACCAAUUUUAUGACAGAUCCUUUAUUUUAAUUUCAUAAUAUAAUAAAUAGUUAAAUUAUUUGUCUA